AAAAUAGGAUCCCCAAACCUAAAAUUAAGAAAGUUGAUGGGGACUAUAAAUAACUCAUAAUCAGUUGUCUGAGCCUCGCACACAACGCAACACAAAGUGUUAACAACUUCUUCUUCUUCUCCUUCAGAUCUCAAUCUCUUAUUUUCUCUCAAUUCACAUCCAUGGCUUCUAUUACAUCCAUCAAGGCCCGUCAGAUCUUCGACAGCCGUGGUAAUCCAACCGUCGAGGUUGAUAUUACUGUCUCCGAUGGUACUUUUGCUAGAGCUGCUGUUCCUAGCGGUGCAUCCACUGGGAUUUACGAGGCCCUUGAGUUAAGAGAUGGAGGAUCUGACUAUCUUGGCAAAGGUGUAUCAAAGGCUGUUGACAAUGUGAACAGCAUCAUCGCCCCGGCAUUGAUUGGAAAGGAUCCAACUCAGCAGACAGAAAUUGACAACCUUAUGGUUNAGCAGCUUGAUGGAACUGUUAACGAGUGGGGUUGGUGCAAACAAAAGCUUGGGGCAAAUGCCAUAUUGGCAGUGUCGCUUGCAGUGUGCAAAGCCGGUGCUAGUGUCCUAAAAAUUCCACUUUACAAGCAUAUUGCAAACAUCGCUGGCAACAAAAACUUGGUUUUGCCUGUUCCCGCAUUCAAUGUCAUUAACGGUGGAUCACAUGCAGGAAACAAACUUGCCAUGCAGGAGUUUAUGGUUCUUCCCGUGGGAGCCACCUCUUUCAAGGAAGCCAUGAAGAUGGGUGUGGAAGUCUAUCACCAUCUGAAGUCUGUGAUUAAGAAGAAAUAUGGUCAAGAUGCAGUAAAUGUUGGUGAUGAAGGUGGCUUUGCUCCCAACAUUCAGGAAAACAAGGAAGGUUUGGAAUUGCUAAACACUGCCAUUGCCAAAGCUGGUUACACAGGCAAAGUUGUUAUUGGAAUGGAUGUUGCAGCUUCCGAGUUCUACAAAGAAGACAAAUCAUAUGAUUUGAACUUCAAGGAAGAUAAUAACGACGGCUCACAGAAGAUCUCUGGGAAUGCUUUGAAAGAUCUCUACAAGUCAUUUGUGGCAGAGUACCCAAUUGUUUCAAUUGAGGAUCCUUUUGACCAGGAUGACUGGGAGCACUAUGGUAAGAUGACCGGUGAAAUUGGUGCCAAUGUACAAAUUGUUGGUGAUGAUCUCUUAGUUACCAACCCCAAGAGGGUUCAGAAGGCAAUUGAUUCAAAAGCAUGCAAUGCUCUUCUGCUCAAGGUCAACCAAAUUGGAUCUGUGACUGAGAGUAUCGAAGCCGUGAGGAUGUCCAAAAAGGCUGGAUGGGGUGUCAUGACCAGCCACCGAAGUGGAGAGACUGAGGAUACCUUCAUUGCUGAUCUUGCUGUUGGUUUGGCAACGGGCCAAAUUAAGACAGGAGCUCCAUGCAGGUCAGAGCGUCUCGCUAAGUAUAACCAGCUCUUGAGAAUUGAGGAGGAGCUUGGUGCUGAAGCAGUGUAUGCUGGAACAAACUUCCGUACCCCUGUUGAGCCCUACUAAAGCUUUGAAAUUGGAACAAGCGGAUAUCAAACCUGAGUUUGAGCGAUGAGAUUUGGCUGCGGGGUUUUGGUUAAUAAAUUAUAGUUAGAAUACUAGUCUUGUUUUAAAAGACUUGAUGGCAAUAAUUUUGACCUCCAAUUGAUGGGGCCGAUAAGUGCUGCCCUGGAUUUUUUAAGUUGUUCUUUUUAAUGAUAUUUAGCUUUGAUGCUUGCAGCCUAAUUUCAGUUUCACUUCUAAUUUUCAUCAAAUAUUUAACAACACUUUUGUUUGCUACGUUAAAUUAUUUUUUU